AGAGCGCUGAUCAAAACUGGACGCGAUUGUUUACGCGACGUGACGUAACUCGAGCAAGAAGUCGGAGAGAAAAGAGAGAAAAGAGAGAGAGAGAGAAGAAGCAAGGCGGAGAGGAAAGCAGGAAGGAGUGGAAGGAGGAAAAAACGGGAGCACCGGAUCUCGCGACAGAUCCAUCUCCGAUGGAUCCAGGGAGAGGUCGGCGAUCGGCUCGGUUGUACACCCACGUGCGCCUGCCUCGUAGCCACGGAGAGGAGGAUAUUCGGGUUUCCCCGAGGAAGGAGGAGGAACGCGAGCCGCGAACGAAGAAGAAGAGGACGCGAGAGGAGAGGGCAAACGCGGCUAAUGGUAAUGGUAGCAAGCCAGUGUCUCUCGGGCCGCCGUCCAAGCCGGUACAUAUCCACGUCGUGGUCCACGUGUGCUCGCUCGCUCUCUCUCUCUUUCUCUCUCUCUCUCUCUUUCUCUCUUUCUCCCCAUCUCUCUCUCUCUCUCGCUCGCCCGCUCGCUCGCUUUUUCAUCCUCGAGGAUUUGGAAACAGGGACCGAGCGUGUCCGUGCGUGUCCCUGCUGCCGUUGGAACCGUUCACCUUCGAGGAGGAGUCGAUCGAGACGGGUUCUUCGAUUCUCUUUUUCUCUUCCGGUCACCGAGCUCCCCCCCUCGAGAUCACCUCCUCCUCCGAUAUCCCUCUCGAGAUCCGACCUUUGGCGUCUCCUCCACCUGCCCGUUUCGUCAAACAUUUCCCCCUCUUCCGCGAUCGUCGAUUUACCUUUUUUCUUUUUUUUCUUUUACGAUCGAGAGAUCGAGUAUCGCGAGAGAGUCGAGUCUCCUCGAGGGUGUUCGUUCGCCGCUUCGCGGAGUCGCGGGGAGAAACGCGUGAAAAGAAAGAAAGAAAGAAAGAAAGAAAAGAAAAAGGAAAGGAAAGGAAAGAAAGAAAGAAAGAAAGAAAGAAAGGAGCACGACUCGAUCGAAUUGGAGCGAACGGUCGGAUUGAAAUUCGGAUUUUUUCGGUUAUAUAACAUCCCGUCUCGGGACGGCGUUGCGUUUAGGCGAAAGGAUCGUGAAAGAGGGAUCGAAGGGAUCGUCGGCGGUAUCCCUCUUUUCGUUCGUUGCCGAUGAGAGUAGUAACGUUGGAUCGUGAUAAAUUGGUGGAUCGUAAAGAUAAGGAGAGCCAUCGUUCAUGAAAGACUCGUAUUCAAAUACGUUUAAUGGAAUUGAUCGUUCUUCCGGCGACGAAAUCAGCGAGCAAGAGGUCGGCGAAUGGACGAGGGACGACGAAGAUGAGAUUAUUUUAAAGAAAUAGAAGAGGUCCGAGCGGAGCGGCCGAGUGGCAGAGUGACCUCGAGAUUUAUAUUUAUCUCGAAAUCGUGCCCGCGUCAAAUAUAAAACGCGUUUCUAAUAAAACAUUUUAUCGAUGUAAUCAAUGUGCGAAUGCAAACAGUGAUCAAGAUGAUAAAUGUUUGCUCUUUAAAUCAUCAUCCGCGCGAGUGGGUAUAAUUAAAGAGCGAGGUUGACUCUCGUAGGGGGGAUCGUCUCCAAUUAACGUUAUCGAAGACACGUGUCCGAACACCAGUGUUUUUUUUCCUUCCCCUCUCCCUUUCUCUCUCUCUCGCGACGAAUCAACGGAGGAAAUCGAAACGAUCGAUCCCGUACGAUCGUAAAUCAUCCUUGUAAAUUGUGCGGCGAAACUUAACAAUCCGACUUUCCAAUCCCUCACGCACCCCCUCCCCCCGUUAAGAGCAGCGAGCAUUCGCGAGUGACUCAUCGUCGAAACAGUGUGUCCUCUCCCUUCCCGACGAAACAACCGCGAAUUCGUGAAAUCGUUGCACAUCCGUGAAAAUCACUUCUCCGCUUCUCAACCAGCGAACAACAAAUUCCAGCACUGCCUUUCGAAAAACUCCACCGUCGAAGGAAACUCGUCGACUCGUCCUCGAACGACAUCCAUCGAGAAGAUCGAAGUGAAGAUCGUCCGAAAAUCGAAGGAUAAACGAAGAAUCCGUGUUCCCCUCCCUUCUCUGCCCCCGUCGACAUAGAUUCCCCGAAGGGGAGGCGAGGAUGACAGGGGCGCGGCGAUGAGAGGGGCGCGAGGAAUGGGUGCGAGCAUGGGGUAGAAAAAUGCGGCCCGGAAGGUCAGCUUGGACCCUGGCCGUGCUGGCCCUCGGAGUAGGGGCCUUGUUCCUGGUCGGAUGGCGGAUCGACACGGGCGGCGACGCGUUGUCUGCUCCGUCCACGAUCGAUUCGGCUUAUUUCGCGGCGGACGUCGCGUCGUCCGGGCCGCGAGGUCGCGUUCGCCGCGAAAAAGAAGACGAGAGGAACGAGGAGGAGGAGGAGGAGGAGGAACGGAGAGAAGGAGAGAUCGAGAGGGAGGAUCGAGAAACGAGAGGCGCGGCACGUUGGAAGGGAAGUUGGCCCCCCUCGAAUCUCGAGGCGGAGAACGGUUCGACGAUCGACUUUGGGAGGAGGAAGAAGGAGGAGAGUGGAUCGAGGGGUUACGAUGGCGAGGAGGGAUUGUUGGAUUUUCCUUGGACGAGAAAUUUGGAAAACGAGGAGGAAGGUAAUCGCGUAGACGAUUCGAGAAAAAUCUCGUUUCCAUGGAAGCCGGAGAGAGAGGAGGAUGAAAACUCGGAUGCGUCGAGGGUCGUCGGUCGUUCGCGCGGGAGUUUCGAGGGGGAGGACGAUCGAGAAUCAACGAGUUAUUCGGUGUCGAGCUCGUCCCCACUACGGGUGGAUCGUGACUCGCUCGAUCCCGAGGAAGAAAAAGACGGAAUAAAGGACGAUAGCAGUUGGACGAGUUAUCCCGUGGAAAAGUCGCUUCCCUUAUCGAAUCUUGAAACGAAGGAACGACGCAUCGAGGACGAGAGGGGUUCGUCUCGGCUCGAAACGGAAAUCGAUCGAAAGGAACGGACGAGGAGUCGAGUAGCGAGGAGAAAGGAGGGCGAAAACGCGCGGAGACGAGAGAAGAAGCGCGGAACGAGCGAGGAUCCGAUUACAAAGGGGAUCGAUGUGGCGUCGUCGCAAGGGAGCGGAAAGAGAGGAAGGGGAGAAGAGGAUGGGACUCGGUUUUCGACGACGACGGACGACGACGGGCAGAGGACGAGGACGGGCACGUUGAAUGGGUCGAGUGAAAGGAGCAGCGACGUUGAGGAGAAUUUGUCGCGCGAGGUGAAUGGGCGAUCGAUGAAUGAAGCGGAGAAGAGUUCGGGGCAAAGUUACCACUACCUCGGCUCGGCCAACCGCGGCCACUCGCUGACGUCCGAUGCACGCGCGAACCGAGGCGAAGCCGAGGCGAGGAAAGCGGAAUCCGAAUCCGGCCACCACCCCUCGAACCAACCUCGCUCGGCGUCCACCGAAAGCAGAGGGUGGAGGCGAGUCCCGUGGAAUACGAACAAGGAGCAGAAGGAACGUGUUGACGAGCGAUCGAUCUCGCCCCCAGCGACGCCGAUGGAUCUUUUUUUUCGCCCGGAUCACGGAUCCUCUGCGAACACGUUCGUGAGUGGGGAAGGGAAUAUCCUGGAGGGGACGAGAUCUCCCACCGUCCGCUCUCCAACCAUCGAUAUUCGCGACGAAAAAUUGGAAAACGACGACGAGGAUAGUGAUGACUCGCGUUUGGAAGAAUCGCUUCGUUUCGAAAGGGAGGAAUCGUUCGACGAGGAGUUUCCGAAGGCGGAGGAGGAUCUGGGACGCGAAUCGAGUGAAAAUUUGGUGGAGGAAGAAGAGAAGACGGGCCGAGGGGACGAAUGGCCGAGGGGAAUGGUGGAGAAAUUUGGGAACGCGGGACGAAAGAAAGGGUGGUCGUUUCGAAAGAUCGAUCGUUCUCGGGUGCAGAAACGAGCGGGUCGAAUUCGUCGAAGGAGGCGCGCGAAUUACUAUUCGCAACAAUCCGCCACCCCCAUGGCGUACGUGCACAUCCAACCGGUGUAUCCGGUGGCGCAGGCCUCACCACCGAGCCGGAAGUGCGUACAAUGCAUGGUUGUUUACAAACCUUGCCCAUCCACGCCUAGACAACCACCUUUCCCAACCUAUAAGUAUCAGGAGCUGGCUUCCAAGUGGUUCGGGCUUAAAUACGGGUGUCGAUGCAAUCCUGUCGGCUCGAUAAGCUCUACCUGCGACAUCGUGACGGGUCAGUGCCAGUGCAAGCCUCACGUGGCCGGCAGGCAAUGCGACCAAUGUACGGUUGGGUUCUGGGGCUUGCCGACGGGAGCUGGAUGCGCCCCCUGCGGAUGCGACCCGAUCGGGGCGCACAACUCUUCCUGCCACGAAGCCGUGGGCCAGUGUUACUGCAAGCAAGGCGUAGGCGGGACGCGUUGCGACACGUGUCUGGCCGGCUACUACGGAUUCUCCUCGAGCGGGUGCCAAGCGUGCGACCCGUGCGUACGUCCGGGCCACAUCUGCGACCCCGACACAGGUCGCUGCGUGUGCCCGACCCUCACCUUCGGCGAGCACUGCGACCGCUGCAGGCCCGGCUCCUGGGACUUGGUGGCGGGGGUUGGGUGCAGGCCGUGCGCCUGCACCCUCGGCUCCACGAAGCCCCACUGCGACCACCGGGGACAAUGCCCUUGCAGAAUAGGCUACGCCGGGCUCAGGUGCGAGAGAUGCGCGAAAGGGUACUACGGUUACCCCAGGUGUCGACCUUGCGGUUGCAACGCGGCCGGCACCACGCGGUGCGAUCGCGAGACUUGCGAUUGCAACGACCAGGGACAGUGUCCUUGUAAGGAAUACGCGGUCGGAAGGCAGUGCGAUCGAUGCAAGGAGGGUACGUUCGGUUUGGCGUUGGACAAUCCGAAAGGUUGCACCGAGUGCUUCUGUUUCGGGAGAACAACUUCUUGCCGGCAAGCCGGCCUUAGUUGGGGGCAACGGAGAUUGACUCGUCCACGAACCCUUUACGUCAACGACACCAUCAACGAAAUAGCGGUGAGCAAAUUUAGGUCGCAAAUUUUCUUAUCUCCCGUCAACGGCGGUUUGAACAUGACCAACGGACUCUCCACGAUUCCUGACACCGAAGGUGAUGUCACGAUACCGGCACACUUGUAUUACAAUUAUCCCCUCUAUUGGAUGCUGCCCGAGUCUUUUCUUGGCGAUAAGGUCGUAUCUUACGGAGGAUUUUUAAGAUUUACAAGUUCGACGGAGGGUGGGAUACCUUUGAGAUCGACUUUUCAAUAUCCGAUAGUGCAACUGCAGGGGAACGAUAAAAUUGUCCUGGAAUAUUAUUUACCUGUACCUGCCAACGAUAAUCAUUACGAAGUCAGAUUUCACGAGUCGUUGUGGCAGUUGCAGAAUAGGCCCGAUUACAAAGUGACGAGGGAGGUUCUGAUGGUUGCGUUGCAAAAUUUACAAUACAUUCUGAUAAAAGCUUCCGACAAUGCCGAAUUUACGAAGGCGACUUUACUCGAAGCCUCUAUGGACGCUGCAGUUCUAACACCUACACACAUCCCACAACUUGCAACCGGUGUCGAGAUUUGCAAAUGUCCCCCGGAGUAUAACAGCACGUCCUGCCAGGAUCCAAGCAUCGGUUACUAUCGAUGGUAUAAGAAUACGACAGUCACAUCGACGAUCGUCAUCGAUCUCGUCGGUGAAGCAAAAGCCUGCCAGUGUAACGGAAGAUCUAAUAUUUGCAACAUAGAGACGGGAUAUUGCUUGAAUUGUCGAGGAAAUACCGCGGGACCAAGAUGCGAUAUUUGCGCGGACAGUUUCUACGGGCAUGCCGACUUUGGCUGCAAACCGUGCCCCUGCCCGCAAGCGGACAAAAGAUUUUCGAGUACUUGCACGAUUCUCGCCAACACGGAGCCGAUCUGCGUCUGCAAACCUGGUUACACCGGGAGGAAAUGCGAGCGAUGCUCGCCCGGAUAUUACGGAUUCCCUCAUCUGCCCGCUGGAAAAUGCACGCCGUGCGAAUGCAACCCUGCUGGAAGUUUGAACGACGAGUGCGACACGGAAACGGGGCAAUGCAGGUGCAGAGCUGGGUCUACGGGUCGUGAUUGCUCCGAAUGUACAGCGUAUCGCCACGUUUUUAUAAACAACGUUUGCACGUCGUGCAACGAUAACUGCACUGGUAUACUGCUCGACAAUUUGGCUGCGCUUGCACAAGAAUUAGCGGAAGGUACCGUGCACAUAGCAGACGGAUACGUUCCCCCUCCCUGGCAGGAAUUAUCCUACAUCGAUUCGAACACGACCGAGUAUUUGGAAGAAAUGAAUCGACAGAAUAGAUUGAAGCAAAGGAUGAAAAAUAUUCCGUGGAACAAGUACAGAGAAUUGUUGAAAGAAGUCGAAGUGUUGUUCAGAACUGCCAAUGAACAAGCCAAACGCUCGGAUAUUCUAAAUUCAAAAAGCAACGAUUUAAAGAAUAACAUAUUUAGCGCAAAGAUCGAAAUGGAGAAUCUGAAGAAAUACAUAGAAGAUACGAUUCUCCUGUUGAAUCAAUACAGCAACGAAAACAAAAGGAUAGAAUUGAAGAAAGCGUUGAAAACGGCGAAGAUGAUUUUAAACGGUAUGAAGGAAGCGAACUUGACAAGGAAGAGAAUGGAAGUAGAACGUUUCCUCGAAGAUGCCCAGAAGACCAUCGAUUGGUCAAACUCGUUGUACGAUGCAACGGAACCACUUGCGAUCGCUCAAGACGAAGCGGAAGAAUACUCGAUAAAGUUGAACGACGUGAGAAGCAUCAUAGAGGAGACGAUGGAAACGUUGUUCACGUACGACGGAUUGUACAACGAUAUUAAUCAAACGUUUUCAGAGGCUAAGGAUUAUUGCAACGAGAUCAACGCGUUGCGCAAUAACAUCAACUCGUCCAUUAUCGAAGGGGAAAAAUUGACUAACGAGACGCGCGGCUUCAUCCUCGAUUUCCAAAAUAACGUUCAAGAUCUUCCAGAACUACGAAACAAAUUAGCAUACUGGUUUGAUAAAUUGGGUAUGAAGGAGGAACUGCUGUACAGAUUAAAUUACGAAUAUAACGACACAUACGUGAUACCCGCGAUUGCACACGUGAAGAAUUUAUCGAGCUACGUUGACCAGUACGUCAGUCUGUUUUCCGAGACAAGAAACAUCGCAGCUAGCCCGCUCAAGGCCAGCCAAGCGUACAAGAACAUCGUCGAUAACGUAAGAACCGCGAAUAUCACAGCGAUGGAAGGUAAAGAGAUUACGAACGACGCGUACAACAAGACGUUUCCCAACGGGCUCAAUUCGAAAUCGUUGUUGGACAUUGCCAAAGAGGUGUCGAGGGCAUCGUCCAAACAGUUGGAACGCGCGAAACAGCACGAGGAAUUGGUAAAAAAGGCGAGUGUUGAAUUGGAAUUGCAAAAGGAAGCUGUGACCCUUUUGAAAAAUACUUUGAACAACACUGGAAUCAGAGACAAUCAGGUUAAUCUAAAAUUCCAAAAGUUGAAAGAUGAUAGUAAGAAAUUACGAGAAGAUAUAGAAAAUAUAUUAAAAGACAACGAGAUGGUACUAGAGAACGUGAAAAUAUCGCGGAAACUUAUCGAGGAUUACGAGGAAGGAAUUGCCGAUAGAUUGAAACCAAAACUGAACGAAUUGAAGAGGGAAGGUGAUUCCAAGAUUAGUCUAGCUAGCGAAAAAUUGACGGAAGCGCUUAGCAACACGAAAAAAGCAGACGCGAGAUUGAUAAGCUUCUCGAAUGCUGCCGCGAAAAGGAAGAACGUAUUUGACAAGUGGAACGAUACGUUGGCCACGAAAUUGCAGAAUCUCAAAGAUAAAAUUGCCGAAGCUAGAAACACCGCUGACGGAAUUCGCGUUUCUUUGAAAUCGGCCGAGGGAAAAGAAUGUAGUCGUUCGUACAGGCCAUCUACAUUGCAGCCAACAUCGACGAAUACAAUCGUGAUGACGUUCGCGCUUCCAAAAGGGAAGAAGGAAGGUUCUCUAUUUUAUUUGCCGAGCAGCAUAAACGAUGACUUCAUCGCUCUGGAGCUGGUUGACAGAAAGGUGAGAUUCGUAUGGAACGUUGGAGGAGGUACGGGGAUUCUUACGCAUCCUGAGAUCAUACAUAGCAGCGACAUUCAGGACGACAAGUCCUGGUACCGCAUCGAGGCUGAAAGGGUGCGACACGUAGGUAAAUUAUACGUACGAAAGCAAGCAUCGACAGCUAGAGGGUAUCCCGUGGUGAAGAAUUCGACCAACUCCGAGUACGGUCGUUUCGACAUUACCACGUCAGAUCGUGUCUGGAUAGGAAAAAUUCCCAGACCGGAGCGAAGAAGGACCGAGCUUAUGGCGUCUAGCGGGCUUCCGGGAUGUAUACAUCAAGUCAUUUUAGACGGGAAGCCUAUAGGUCUUUGGAACUUUGUUACAACCGCGCCAGAUAUGGCUUGCGAGGCGUGCGUGGAAGGAGUGGAAGAUGUCAGCGACGACACGGUUUACAGUUUUAACGGAGAGGGAUAUGCGGUGAGAAACAGAGUUUCUUCUGGGCCGUACAAUCCAUACCGGUUUGUAAUAUCGAUUAACUUCAGGACUUACGACGAGAAUGCCUUGCUGUUUCUGGCCAUCAACCCGGACAACAAUCAACACGUCAUAAUAUUCCUGCGAGAGGGGAAAGUGAUUCUGCAGAUUGGUUACGGUAGUAACGUCAGCAUGGAAAUGUCCUCAAACUUUAAAUAUAAUACCGGCAACUGGACGAAGGUGGAUGCAUUCAGAUAUUAUCAGUUGCAUAAGAACAUUGAAAAGUGUAGCUUAAGCGUAGGGGAAAACGAUAAGAGAAUCGGGGCACCCGCGACUCAGCCCAAAAAGGAAGAUAUUCCCAAUUUUCUUCAAGCUAAAUAUUACAUCGGUGGUGUUCCACCGAGUUUUCGCGCGGAUAAGUUAAUGCUGCCCUCCCAAGUUUCUUUCCUCGGCUGUAUGUCCAAUAUCAUAAUCGAGGUGGGCUAUGAUCCAAUGGCGGAACAGUAUUAUGGCGUUGAGCCUAUUUGCACGAAUAAGCCAUUGAGGUUGGUAGGAUUUUACGGAGACGGUUAUUUGCAACAUGCAGCAUACACGCUGCGUAAAAUAAACUCCACGGUGAGUUUCUCGUUUAGAACGAUGCAAGAGAGGGCCGUGCUCCUUCUUUCCACGUUUGAAGGACAAGAAGAACGUAUGCCUCUUAUACGACACAUGAACGACGAAUCAAACAAAAAGAGUUAUUAUUCCGUGUGCAUAAUGAAUGGACAAGUUGAAGUGCGCUUGAACGCCGGGAGAGGAGAGCUCGUUUUAAAAUCGAACGACACUUUCAACGAUGGAAGAUACCACUCGGUGACGAUAAUUAAAAGGCGGAAAGAUGUCGAGUUGCGAAUAGACGAUGCUUAUCAGACGGCGGGUAAACUACCAACUAGCGCCGCUAUUAAAGCUCCUGAAGAGAGCGGAGGAUUAUUCUUCGGAGGUUUACCCAUUCUUAUCAACAAUACCGAAAUGAUUUCCACUACCACUCCAUUGUAUGGUGCCAUUAAAGACGCGAUAUUUAACGACGAUAUUAUUCGAUUCGACGAAGUUAUCAGUUUCGAGCAUGCAUUGAUCGGUCGUUCUGGACCAAGUAUGGGAAAAGAUCCUCCUACUUACACACCUUCGGCCUCGUUAUCAAGAGGAAUGUCGACACAACCGGAAGGAUGUCAAAAAGUACCGUAUUAUUCUCUGGAAGCUGGUGCUCUAAAGUUUGGCGACAAACCAAAUAGCCACACUCAACUUUAUUUAAACUUUAAAAAAUUUUGGGAGAAGAAAUACGCCAUAGAAUUUGAUUUCAGAACGUAUUAUCCAAAUGGUCUUUUGUUCAUUACACCAGGUCUUAGACCAAAGCACUAUCUCAUGGUCGUGAUACGGGAUGGACAACUUUUGCUUUUAGUGAAGAGCAAACAGAAGAAAGAGAUAUUGUUUAAAAUGCCGUUCAAUGACGGUAACUGGCAUCACGUAAUGAUCAGUCACGAUGAAAGGAAAUUGACGUUACUCGUGGAUUCUCUAACACCGCACACUAUUAAAGUACCAAGAAAGAUUGGACUGGCUUCUAUGAUGUACAUCGGAGGUCUACCUGAAAGUGGCACACCGAUUCCUGAACAAGUUGUGGUUAAACUUGAAACCCUAAAAGGCUGCAUCAGAGGAUUGAGGAUCAAUGGAAACGUGUUUGAUAUGGUUGGUUCCACGAGUAGAGCUUAUCAAGUUGGACAAUGCUUUCCAAACGUGGAAAGUGGAGCUUAUUUCCAAGAUGAAGCAUAUGCCAUAUACAAGAGAAACUUUGAAUUAGGUGCAGUGCUUGAACUUCAAUUGGAAUUUAGAACAUCGGAAUUGUCAGGUGUUUUGCUUUCCAUAACGGCACCCGGCAAUUCGCCUUCAUUGUCAUUGGAGCUGAAUAAUGGCAAAGUGAUCAUGUCGGGUGAUUUGGGAGAUAACAAUCCAUUAUAUGCUGAGCAACGUUUUACUAGUCCAUACACGAUCUGUGACAAUCGAUGGCACAGAAUACAAGCGGUUUAUAAUGAUGAGGAAUUGGCAUUGAAGGUUGACGAGAUGGAUCAGAAGUAUGGCCUUCCACCUAACGUCAAUUAUCAUAUGAUGGAUUCUACGAUCUCUGGACCUCUCUACAUUGGUGGUUUGCCAGCCUCUGCACCAAAAGGAACAUUAAUGACAAGAGAUCAUUUCAAUGGAUGUAUAAGAAAUGUGAUGAUAGGGGGAGAGAGACGGGAUUGGACAGACAUGGAUGAAUUGCAUAACAUUCACUUGAGCUCCUGCCCAGUACAAUGAUAAUCAGUACAAUGUGUGAACUCCUCUGAGUCAUUCAAUUUAGUUCCAAAGACUGUUCAAAGGAUGCACAAUGAAAUGAAAGGUUUCUAUGAACGGUGUUCAAAUACGAUUUCACACCAGGAUCAAGUGCCAUAUCAUGAUGGGAAAUUCUCUAAUUGUUAAGACAUAAGAUUAAACGAAGCCAAAAGAUGCUAACAUGCAAAUGCAUGAAGUUUGUAUCAAUGUUUCUCAAACUUGUUUUUACUGUUAUGAACUUCUAUUCUAUAACAAAUUCUUACAAAAUGUUAAUGAAAAUCCUUUGUAUUUUUAUAUGUAUCUGAUAAUUAUAUUUAUAUUAAAAAUAAGUUGAGAAAAGAUAAAGAUACAAUGAACAUCAUGUAAAAAAAAAAAGAAUAAGUUAAUAUUUGCUACUUGUACAUAGAAAAUUUUACAUUAACCUAUUUUAAUUAAAUCUUUUUGAAAUAAAUUUUUACUAAAAAAGAAAAGAACAAAGAACUUUUUUAGUAUGUAUUAAGAAAAUUCAUUUAACGUUACAACAUUUAAAAAGUUAAUAUUAAAUUAAUACUAUUAAUUAAUUAUUUAAAUAUCCAUCUUAAAAUUAAUUAACAAAAAGUUAUAUAAUUUACUAUUCUACUAAAACAAAUCGAUCAAAAAUAAUAGAUUUUUUAUCUAUUCAUCAAUAUAUAAAAUUUAAAGAAAUUUAUUAUUAAUUACCUCAAAACAAUGAUGAUGUGAAGUAAAAAUAAUGUAUUGCACUUGUAUUAUCAUUCCAAUAGAUAUUUUAAUAAUAAUAUUCACAAACAAUUUAUUAAAACACAACGAAUAAAAAAUAUUAUCUUCCCGCGCACUUACACGAUUCUUUGAACACUGACAACUUCAUGAACAAGUACAACGUUCAUCAAAGUUCGACUUUAAGAUGAAAAGGUAUAUAGAAAAUUAACUUUAUAAGAGAAUAAUAAUUUACAAAAUAAAUUAAAAUAAUUUGAAAUUAAUUUAAAUUCAUUAUAAAAAUAAAAAUUUUUAUAUAAAUCUAUAAUUUAUUACAAUAUCAAGAUAUCAACGUAUCACGUAGUAAAUUUAAAUUGUUACCUACUAUUGGAAUGUUUUUUACAACUUUAGUAUUUUAUAGUAAUAUUAUAAAACACAGUUUGAGAAACGUUUUUUAAAGCAUUAACAAAUUAUGGCACAAAUUUAAAUCGAAUUGUAUUAUAGAUUCAAUAUAUAAAACAAACGCCACGAUAUACGUGUAAGUAGCAAAAUCACUGCCAUAUAGUCUAAUUGUAAUUCAUUUAUGUAAGUCAUGAAAGAAUUGUACAUCAGUAUUUAAAGCUAUUUAUUAUCAUUAAUGUAAGUGUAAUCAACGAUUUCGAUUAGGAGCAUAAUAAAAAAUUGUACUCAAUCGAAAUCGUAUAUUUUUUAGAAAAAAAAAAAAAAUAAACGAAAUAAAAUUAUUUUGUACUAUUUUAGUAAUAAUAAAUAACAUAUUUUAAUAUUUAAAAUAAUUAAUAGCGAAAGAAAAGUCAUAUAUUGCGCCCUGUAAUAAAGUGCCCUUAACGAAUUAAACGUAGUAUAUAUGUAGGAAGAAAUGUUCUUUACAAGAAUAUUUUAAUAUUUAUAUCUAGUAUUUUUCUUAUUCGUUGAAUUGUAAUAUAUUAUACAUAUGCAGAAAAAUUAACAAUGACGCCUUCGCUAUUGUGUAUAAAAUAUAUAACAAUGAGAAAGUAUGGUCAUCUAAUUCACCCUCUUCUGUACUCCAAAAGUUAUAUAUACAUUUACAUUAUACAACCAAUUAAGAUAAAGAAGACACACUUUUAUAUAUAUACAUAUAUAUAUGUAUAUAUGUAUAUAUAUAUUAUAAUAUAUAUUAUUCAUUAAAGAAUAAAAGUCUAUUGCAAAGUGGGUUAUUAAAUUUUAUUGAUGACAUUCGCUGCAAGAUGUUAACAGUAAAAUAUGACCCAAAUUUUUACUUGACGUACUCAAUAAAUAUAUAUCAUUGAGUAAUAAUUUCAUUUAUGCAUAUAUAAAAACAUAAUAUUUACAGACAUGGAUAAAUCGAACAAGUAUGAUUUGACAAAGUUUUCAGUUUUCAUUUCUUUCAUUUGUGACAAUAAAAAUGAAGGAUUAUUACAUAAAGGUAAUCAUUUAUUAUUAGUAAGCGCGAUUUUAUAUUAUAUUCCAUUUUUUCGUAUCUCUGUUUUUUGUUUCAUUGUUUAUCACGCCAGUUACCAACAGCUCACUAAUAACAUUUCUCUGCUUUGAAAAAUAUAAAUAUCAAGCAUAAGCAAUCUUCCUUCUUUACUACCGUUAUACAUCCUUUUUUCGAACGUUCUCUUACUGUUUUAUUGUUUGUUUUUAUAACUUUUUCCCCAUUAUAUUUUCAAUCCCUUCUCCACAAACCGAUAUCCUUCCAUCGAUUCUUAAGAUUAGUGACUAUUAUAUUGUUAAUCAUAAAUCUUCAUUCAUUGUUCGUUCACUUUUACUCAUUCAUUGUUAUCAUAGACUUUUUAUCAUGACUUCAAAUCUUAUAAUUCAUUUUAUGGCAUUUACUAAUUUUCGCAUUCAAUAUUGUCAAGUCGGACUAUUUUCGGAGUCUGAAGCUCGCAAAAAUUUCUCUAUUUAUCAUUUUUUUACGAUGAUACACGCAAUAGAUUUACAAUAGACGAGAAUAGAAUAUAAUGAACUCCCUUGGAUACUACGAUCGACGGAUUUUUUCUUUUUUAAAGUUUUUUUUUGCAUGUUCCUUACAUGAGACAUAUGCCCCGCAUAAUAAAACAAUCUAGGGACGAUUGAACCAAGUAUCGUAUCGUUGCGAAUUAAAAAUAUAUUUUUCGCGAUCAUUAAUCGUGAAGAACAUGAAAUUCGAUAUGUUGCAUAAUUACUUAAGAAUAAUCAAUACGAUCAUGUUGUGUUAUGCCAUUACAGAUAUAAGGAGGGUCGUAUUAUUCCUCUAAACACAUUUUUGUUUUUUUUCUGCUCUUUCUUAUAAAUUUUUUCAUUUCCAUGCACAUAGCCAUUAAGCUAAAAAAUACAUUAUAGAAAUAUCGAACAAAGAAUAAAUCGAUAAAUGCUAUAAUAUAUGUUAAAUAUUAAACAUAAUUUAAUAAUAAAGAACACAAGAACAAAUUCUAUAAUUUAUAGACCCUCCGUAUUUCUGUACAAAAUUUGUAUUUUACCUCUAUCUAAUUUCUAUCCAUUCGUCCUAUCGGCAUAUUACGAAAAUCGAAUUGUAUAUAUGUUAAAAAAAUUGAAUCGUCAAGAUGGAAGGUUAGUGCCAGUCCCAUACGAACAGCGGACAGUUUAUAAUUUAUGGCACAAUAAAUAGUUCUUCCGUUAUUACAUUAUUAUGCUAAUUAUCCAUCAUGUACAAUGUAAAAACCGCAUAUUUAAUUUCGCUUAAAAUUGGACUGACACGUUCCCAUUAGGAAAUGAGAAUAAUAUACUAGAAAAUAAAUGAAAAACAAAAAAAAAAAA